AUGAAUGAUGAAUUGUGUGGAAAAUUAGAUCUUUUGAGGAAAUAUUUAUCCGAUGAAUUAGAUAAAGCGGCAGAUUUUGAAUUAGAAGAAAUUACAGAUUACAAAAAUUACUGCCCUGGUAAUAACUGCAAUAGUGAAACCGAAAAAAUUACGGUUGGAUUUUUAUGGUUACUUGGACAUUAUUAUUCUAUGCUCCAAAAUAAAAGUUAUGAUGAAAAUAAUACUAAUGCAUUUUUUCUAUAUAUUAUUUCAUGGUUUAGUUAUCAAUUAAAUCAAAGCACAAAACACAAUACCACAAAAAUAUACGACUUUUAUAAUAGUCAUGUAAAAAAUAAUGAUAAAUAUGAAAAAUUUAUAAAUGAUUCUGGUAGAUAUACAGGUCUUAAUGAUUUUAUAGAUAAACAAAAAGAUUUAUUGAAUAUUAAUAUUAAAGAUCUGUCUAAAUUUUAUGAUGCAUCCAAAUUAAUAUGUAGUAUGUAUGGUAAUGUUGCACAGAGUCAAACAGGCGAAAUACUGUCAAAUAAUGUGAAAGAGUUUGUUAAAAAAUAUACAGAGCUAAAAAAUACAUAUAAUGAUGAAGGUUCCCCGCAUAGUAAAAUAUUGUCUGUUUUAUCAACUGAUUAUAAUAAUUUAAAAAAUAGAUGUAAACAUAUUCAAUCCCUUCCAGAGAUAACAGAAUUUUCUGCAUUAGCAUCUACAUAUGAAUUUACAUCAUCAAGUUCGUCGACAGGAAACAAAUUAUUUACAGUUUUAUCGAUAUUUGGUGCAAUAGCAUUUUUUUUAGGAAUAUCUUAUAAGUAUUCGUUAUUUGGAUUUCGGAAACGAUUUAAAAAACAACAAAUAAGAGAAAAAAUAAAAAAUAUAAAGAAGAAAAUGAAUCGUUAA